ACUUAAAACCCCCCACUCACAAAAACGUCGCCGAAGUCCUCCGAGAAGAAGAAGAAGAGUAAACAUGGCGGCCACCGGCGUGAGAAGAGUCCUUCAGUCAACAUCGUCAUCCACGGCGAGAAUACUCUUCGGUCGUUCAUCAGCUUCCUCUUCUGCUCCCAAACUCGGAUCAUCUUCAUCUCGCUCCUCUCUUCGCAGGAGGCUCACAUCCUCCAGGAUCCCAGUGGAGCUGAGUGCAGGAAUGUCGCUUAUACCCUUACAUAGUGUUACUGCCUCAGCAUUGCUCACUUCUUUGCUGUCUCUGAGCAAUCAAAGCUGGGGUUGCCUUUCAGAAGGAUUUGCGACGACGCUAUAACAUGGCCUGCAAGUUUUGUACUUCUUGUCAGAUUUUUCAAGAAGCUUGUUUCAUUCCAUCAGUUUUACCCAAAGGGUUUAAGAUAUCAAAGUAGCAACAGAGACACACACACACCCUUUGCUUUCUUCAAACUGUUUCCUUUUUGUUCUGUUUAUUUAUACAAUUGUCAUCUUCAGUUUUGAUGAUUUCGGUAUCUUUAACACUUGCCCCUGGAAAUAAACUACUCAUUUUGCUGA